UUUCUUUUAUCAAAAUUUCUCCUAUUUCAAGCUCGAAACUCGAAAGUCAAGAGGAGCUUCACUUCACUUCGCACUUUCACAGUGCCGCCACCGCCGUCUCCAAAUUUUUUUAAAAAAAUAAUAAUAAAAAUAAAAAUAAAAAACCAUGUCGAUUCUCUUCCGCCGAUACGCCGGGAAACUUCGCCGGAAUCCGAUUAUCAACUUCCGACAUUCCGACCGGCCCAAAAUCGGUCUCCUCCACACCUUCGCCGCAGCCUCGCAAGUCGGAGCCACCACCGGCCUCUACGGAUACCAUCACUUGAAAACCCCCAGAGGCUUUCAGCGGUUCGCCGACGACGCCAUCGAAAGGUCUGGAGAGCUCGUUACGUACAUUUCUAGCACGCCUUCGUCGGCGGAGGUUAUCAGAGCCAUGGAUGAGAUUUCCAACACUGUCUGUUCCGUUAUGGACGCUGCGGAGUUGUGUAGAAACACUCAUCCGGACAGGGAAUUCGUUGAUGAGGCAAACAAGACGUGGAUGAGACUUCAUGAGUAUCUACAUUAUCUCAACACAAAUCAUACCCUGUAUGAUGCGGUGAAAAAGGUGGAGCGAGAACGUCAUCUGCUCACUGAGGAAGCUCAUAGAGCAGCAUGUUUCCUGCGUGCCGACUUUGAAAGGGGUGGAAUUCAUCUUUGUGUUGAGAAACUAGAUCGAGUGAAUCAACUAAAUAUAGAAAUUUCUCAGCUCUGUGGAGAGUUCAAUGAAAAUAUCGUCAUUGACCCAGGUUAUGUGGAUAUAUUUCCAUCAUCACGAAUUCCAAGAAAUCUGCACCGUCUAGUUAGGCCCAUUUAUCGUUCAACACCUGCAACUUCAAGUGAUUUCUUAUAUCCUGGAAAUACCGUGAAAGAAAUCGGAUUUCGGAUAACAACAGAUCCACCUACUCUAUCUUCAAUUUUGCAAUUGACACCUGAUGAGGAGGUUAGGAAAAUGGCGUAUGUUCAAGGAUAUUCUUCCCCUCAAGCAAACCUUGGUAUUCUUAAUAAGCUUAUAGGUGCCCGCCAUGAGCUAGCUCAGAUAUUGGGCUAUAGGAGCUAUGCUGAAUUCGUGUUGAAGAAUAGCAUGGCUUCAUCCCCAUCAGUUGUGAUGUCAUUUUUGCAAGAGAUGAGCAAGAUGGUACGAUCCAGCGCUGAUGAGGAGUUAAAAAAGAUUAAGGAUUUUAAGAGAAACAAAUGUCUUCUAAGUUUAGAACCUUGGGAUGAGACAUACUAUACAGCGAUCAUGAAGUCUUCUGCCUAUAACUUUGACUCUUCGGUUGUAGCAUCAUAUUUUCCGUUGCCACAAUGCAUUGAGGGUUUGAAAGUGCUGGUGGAGUCAUUAUUUGGUGCAACAUUUUGUAGUGUCCCCCUAGCACCUGGUGAAUCAUGGCACCCAGACGUGAUUAAGAUGUUGCUUCAUCAUCCUGAAGAGGGAGACCUGGGGUAUCUGUAUCUUGAUUUGCAAUCCAGGAAGGGCAAGUAUCCAGGUUGCGCUCAUUUUUCACUCAAAGGUGGUCGCCAAGUUUCUGAGACAGAUUACCAACUUCCUGUUGUAGCUCUUGUUUGCAACUUUUCUGGUUCUCAUGAUCAAUUAAACGUGAGACUAAAGCCUUGGGAACUAGAAACACUUUUCCACGAGUUUGGACAUGCACUUCAUUCGUUGCUUUCAAGAACGGAUUACCAACAGUUUUCCGGUACCAGGGUGGCUUUGGAUUUAGCAGAAACACCUUCAAACCUAUUUGAGUACUAUGCAUGCGAUUAUCGAGUUUUGAAGACAUUUGCUAGACACUACUCAACUGGUGAAGUAAUCCCGCAAAAGUUGGUUGAUUCACUAGAAGGUGCAAGAAAUAUGUUCUCCGCAACUGAAUUGCAACGUCAGAUCUUUUAUGCCAUGAUCGACCAAACAAUUUUUGGGGAGCAGCCAAGUCCACCAAGAGAUACAAGUUCUAUAGUUGCAGAUUUAAAAACACAAUAUACUAGUUGGAGACACGUAGAGGGUACACAUUGGCAUGUCCGCUUCAGCCACCUCCUUAAUUAUGGUGCAGGUUAUUAUGGCUACUUGUAUUCCAAGUGCUUUGCAGCGAGCAUAUGGCAGAAAGUGUGCAAGGAAGAUCCAUUAUCAUUAAGCACAGGAGAAGCUCUGAGAACAAAAUUUCUGCAGCAUGGGGGAGCCAGAGAACCAGCUGAUUUGUUGAAAGGCCUAGUUGGAGAUGGCGUUCUAAGAUAUUGCGACGGUGGGAUAGUUCCCGAUAUUACUAGUCUUUGUGAUGAAAUGAAGCUGAAUUGAUUACCUCACAAUACAAGUUGGCUCCUUCUGUCCUCAUUGAGGCUUCAGAUGAUUGAUCAGUAUCAACUCUUCAUGGAAUCAAAAGGGGAAACUCGAAGAACAUUUGGAAGAAAAUUGGGAAAAAUCCUAGAAACCGGCUCGGAAUUUGCGAUUUCUUUUAAAGAAGACGCAGUGUGGCAUUGGGUUCAGCCGAAAAGGAAUAAAAAGUGCAUCGGAUGAAUGAGGAAAUUUUUUUGAGAUUGGAUGCUGCUGCAUCUACAUUAUUCUUUCAAAGCUCUUAAUAAGUUCUUCUUUCCUUUUUUUUUUUUUUGGUCUUUUGUUAUCUUAAUCAUGUUUCAGCGUAAUCUAUUUUUCUAUUUAAGUGAUUGUAUUCUUUUUCUAUUAUUAUAGCAUUCUUAUCAU